AUGGUGUCUAAGCUUGGUCUGUCUAUCUUUCCCCACCCCAACCCCUAUAAGGUAGCUUGGGUCAACACCACUGCCUUGGAGGUGAAGGAACGAAGCCACGUGCCCAUCUCCUUUGCCACUUAUAAGGAGAAUGUCUGGUGCGAUGUGUUGGUUAUGAAUGUUGGACAAAUCCUGCUAGGUCGCCCCUGGCUUUUUGAUAACGAUGUCCACAUCUCUGGUCGUUCAAACAUCUGCGUGUUUGAACAUGAUGGUAAAAAGAUCAAACUUUUUCCAUCCCAACCUCGGGUUUCGGAUGAUCCUGAAGCCAACCCUGUCAAAGCCAAGAAGGGACUGAACCUGAUAGCCGCCAUAGCCCAGAGCGUGCCUUUACACACCUUAGUCGUUCGUGAGACUCCCACUGAGUUUGACGAAUCAGUCCCUCAUGAGAGUCAGCUCAUACCUAGUGGAUUUGUUGAGAUCCAUCCUGAUGGUCUUCCCGAUCCUUUAUCCCUGAUUAGAGGCAUUUCAUAUGUUCUAAAUCUAGCCCAUGGAGCCUCCCUAUCGGAUCGUAUUCCAUGUGGUCUCAACUUCCUCGAUUCAGUGAAUUUUACUCUUGGUCUAAGUCCUUCUGAAAUUGCAUAUGGGUUCAAACCUAGACAGUCGUUAGAUCUGAUACCCAUGAGUUCUAGGUAA